AACAGCAAUCGGCAUACGACUAAGUAAAUUAAAGAGUACUGAAAGCACCGUACGUUCAAGUGAUUCAAGUACCUAUACAUACCAACUUUUGUCGUUAAAAGUUCGAAAAGUGUUGAUAGUGCAAACGAAAUGUCGCUAGUUCCGAUUCUGUUCCACGGAUUGUGUGACGAUUCUUGGGACGUCCCACCCAGGCCAUCGAGCAUACUGGAGAAAUAUUUUGGCGAGGACUUUUUCCCAGACGAACUCAUUCUGGAAAUCGACCAAAUCCCCAAUCGUCGGAUGGUGAAACGCCCACAGAUCAACACAGUUGACCGCCAAGCCCAAAACAAUCAUGCAGCUGUAAUGCGCUCCAAAGCUGGAUUUCAGGUGAGCGUAGACGUUCAGCAGUUUGCUCCGGAGGAGAUCUCAGUGCAAAUGAUUGACAAUUUCAUCACGGUGGAAGGCAAACACGAAGAGAAGCAGGACGAGCAUGGUUUUGUUUCGCGUCAUUUCAUCCGCAAGUACCGACUUCCUGAAGGGCAUGAUGCGGACAAAGUGGUUUCAUCACUUUCUUCCGAUGGUGUUCUAACGAUUAAAGCUCCGAAGCUGGCACUACCCGAAUCGAAGACGGAAAGGAGGAUUCCGAUAGAGCAGACGGGAAAACCUAUCAAGAAAACCGAGAAGAAAUAAUUUAAGUUACGUAUGGAUAUAAGACUGAUUUGUUUAUAAACGCUUUUUUCAAAAUCUCAUUUAAAAUAACGUAAGCCUCAAAA